ACAUCUAUGGGAAGAGGCUCUGCUCCACUUUUCCAUCUUCUCUCACUUUCUCUAUAUUGACACUGUAUAUAUCUUCCAUCUCUCCUCUCUGAGUCUCUUGUUUCUCCCGAAGAAUGGAUUCGAUCGAUUUCGACAACGUCAAAGCAGAGAAAGCCAAGGCGUUGCGGCGAUUCAACCGCUUCCGGAGAAUCGGCCGUUUUUUUCGUGCGGCGGAGUUUUGCGUCGCGAUCCUCUUCGUCUUCUGGACAUUCACGCGCCUUCCCUUCGCCGUCCAAAUCUCCCGAGAGUUUCUCCGCCGUAUCGCCGCCGUUAUAUCGACUCCUCUGUUCGUCUUCCUCCUCGGGAACUGCAUCGUCGUUGUUCUCCUCGCCAAAUCCUCUGACCAGACAACCGGCGCCGCCGCACGCGCGGAAACCGAUAUCUACCAGGCGUUCGUCAGAUCUGUAGAGGAUCGAUCCAAGCCGUCCGAUGAAGAUCUGACUGCAGAGGAGAUCGUUUACGACGACAAACAGGUGAUCCUCACUACUGAUGAUCAUUUGAAUUUGAAUUCAAAUCCGAAUCCGAUUCCAGUCGCCGGUGAGAAUAUUCCUCAACGCGGAAACGACCACGUCGAGAUUGACUUUGACUGCGUUUCCGACGAGCCCAAGGUCUACCGGAGAAGCAAAUCUGCCAUACAGGGUCCAGACGAUGAUGAUGAAGAUGAGAUGGUGGUGAAACCUAAAUGUCUCCAGAGAUCGGAGACGGAGAAGUGCAGGAAAUUCGAGGACGGAGAAAUAACGAAAGGGGAUAAGAAGAAGAAGAAUUAUCCAGAGGAUAACCUUAGCAACGAAGAGUUUCAGAAAACGAUCGAAGCUUUCAUAGCCAAACAGUUGAUGUUUCGUCGCCAGGAAUCUUUAGCCGUCGUUGUCCAUAACAAAAGCCUAAUUCAUUAAAUUAUUACUAAAAUGGCAUCAGAUUCUAUAUCCAGUUCGAAUCAACAACAACAACAACAGAGUUUUGUGAAGAUAGAUCAAGAAAUCCACUACGAAACUUAAUCAUAUGGAAUCUUAUUUUUACUAUUCCGUGUGUAAAAUCCCCUCUCUAUAUUUACAUGUAUGUACAGUACUAAUUUAGUUGCUUAUUGUUGAAGAUAAUAUAAAUAGAUCUUUUUUUA